CCACCUCGUCUCCCAGUGAAACCCUACACUUUCCCCUUCUGCUGUUCCCUCCCACUCUGUCCACCCAUCGGAGAAGUUGCUGGAGAUCACCUCCAAAGACUUCUUAAAAACUCUAUACACUGGACUGGCGCCCUGGAAUAACUAACAAGCUCAUCUUGAUUUGUGGUGCCUGCAGGUGGGGGGAAACAUUUUGGAUUAUUAUCACCUGAUAAUGAUGCUGCUGCUUUGCUGAUUCAGAGUGUGAGUGCUGGAGGCAAAGAGAGAGAGAGACUCCUCCAGUGAGACUGACUCACCGGCCAGACUGGGGAGCUUGAUGGUGGUAGUAAGCUGAACAAAACAGACCCAAGACAAGGCCGAGAUGGAAUUCCGACUGGGAUUUAGGAUCACCCUGGUUUUGGUUGUCCUGGCCUCGACUCUUUUCGGCGAGGGAGUGGACACGCAGAGGGCAGGUUGUAAAAAUGUCCACUAUGACUUGGCAUUUAUCCUGGAUACCUCAUCCAGCGUGGGAAAGGAGAAUUUUGAGAAAAUCAGGCAAUGGGUUGCUAACUUGGUAGAGUCUUUUGACGUAGCCCCUGAAAGAACAAGAGUGGCAGUGGUUCGCUACAGUGACAAACCGACCACUGAGUUUACCUUGGGGCGAUACAGGACCCUGGAAGAUGUGAAGCAAGCUGCCCGUAACAUCCGCUACCUGGGAGGGAACACCAUGACCGGGGACGCUAUCAGCUACACCACAAACAACAUCUUCACGGAGCGGAGCGGAGCUAGGCCACCUGCGCGAGGCAUUCAGAAGGUGGCCAUCCUUCUAACCGACGGCCGGAGUCAGGAUUACGUUCUGGAACCCUCCAAGGCAGCUGCCAAAGCUGGCAUCCGGAUGUUCGCAGUGGGCAUCGGGGAGGCUCUGAAGGAAGAGCUGGAGGAAAUCGCAGCUGAGCCAAAGAAUGCCCACGUCUUUCACGUGACCGACUUCAACGCCAUUGAUAAAAUCCGGGGCAGGCUGAGGAGGAGGCUGUGCGAGAAUGUCCUGUGUCCAAAGAUGAAGGUCCAGCCCGAUCGCUUUAAGCCCAACAGCACCAGUUAUGGUCUUGAAGAAGUUCCAGGGUUUGACCUGAUGGAUUACUUCAGCGUGAAAGACAUCCUCGGGACCAGAGUGGAUGAAGGCCAGAGCUCAUAUGUUCGCCUCGGGACAAUGCCCAUAGUCCAGCAAACAGAGGAUGUGUUUCCUCAGGGUCUGCCAGAUGAAUACGCCUUUGUGACAACAUUCAAAUUCAGGAAAACCUCAAGACGAGAAGACUGGUACCUCUGGCAGAUUUUUGACAAAUACGGAAUCCCACAGGUAUCCAUCCGUCUGGACGGUGAGAACAAAGCGGUGGAGUACAACGCGGUCGGCUUGACUAAAGAUGCUGUCAGAGCCGUGUUCAAGAACUCUGAGGUCGACAACCUCUUUGACCGCAACUGGCACAAGAUUGCCCUGAGUGUGGAGGCCAAGUCAGUCGCCCUGUACCUGGACUGCAAACACAUCCAGACUCUGCCGAUCGAAGACCGCGAAGACAUAGACAUUCAGGGGAAGACCGUGAUCGGGAAGAGGCUGUAUGACAGUGUUCCGAUAGACUUUGACCUCCAGAGGAUGAUGAUUUACUGCGAUUCCAAACAUGCAGAGCUGGAAACCUGCUGUGAUCUCCCCACAGGGCCUUGCCCAAAGAAGGUGGUGACAGAGGCGCCCCCUGUGAGGAUCCCUACACCGACACCCACUGCUGCAGAGCAAAAAAUAGGUCCUCAAGCAAACUGCUCCUGUCCUGCAGGGGAGAAGGGAGACGUCGGAGCGCGUGGUCUUCCGGGUCUAAAGGGUGACAAGGGUGAGAUUGGCCCUAAGGGUGGCAUCGGACCACGAGGCAUCAAAGGGGAAAAAGGAGAAUCUGGCAAACUGACCUCUGUCAAAGGCGACAGAGGGGAGAAGGGUGAUAGAGGCACUAUAGGGUUAACAGGUUCUCCUGGACAAAAGGGAGAGAAGGGUACCGGUGGUGUGCCUGGUAUUGAUGGUUUAACUGGUGACAAAGGAGACAAAGGCGAAGCAGGCAGGCCUGGGGCUGCAGGGUCACAGGGUCCAGCUGGACUGAAGGGAAUCCAAGGAGAUGCAGGAAUUCCAGGUGUGCCCGGACCGAAGGGCGUUGCUGGUGAUUCUGGUGUGAAAGGACAAAAGGGGACUCCAGGAGUUGGUGGUCUACCAGGAGUGGAUGGAUUACCAGGAACACCUGGGCUUCCAGGGAAAGAUGGUUUGAGAGGACUGGUUGGAGCACCUGGGCCAAGUGGAAUCAAAGGCAACAAGGGGGAAAGAGGCCCUCCUGGAUUACCUGGGGAUGCGGUACAGCAUGCAGGCCUGCGGGGGGAAAGGGGAGAGCCUGGACCUCCUGGGCUUCCAGGAGAAGAUGGUCGCCCAGGACCUCCUGGUCCUGCUGGUCCACCGGGUCCGCCUGGUGAGCACGGAGACCCCGGCCAAAUGGGAAAGCCUGGUGAAAGUGGACUGCCAGGAGAAGUUGGCUUUCCUGGACCUCAGGGUCCACAGGGUCUGCAAGGUCCGCCAGGGGCUUCAGGACCAAUUGGGCAACCUGGUCUACCAGGUGAACGAGGAUCUUCAGGCAAACCAGGAGUGCCAGGAAAAGACGGUCUUCCUGGUAAAGAUGGACUUGAUGGUCCUCCAGGCCCCGCAGGGCCUCAGGGCCCCUCGGGACAACGGGGAACAGAUGGUUUUCCUGGCAAGCCUGGACCUAAGGGUGACGACGGGCCUCCUGGACCAAGAGGUCCUCCCGGCGAGAGAGGAGAAGCUGGUUCCCCUGGACGUCCCGGUGCUGAUGGCACACGAGGAGAGAGAGGGAUACAGGGUGAAAGAGGAACAGAUGGACCGUUUGGGCCGAAAGGUGAAAAGGGCGACAAGGGUGAAGUUGGACCAAGGGGACUCCCUGGGAUUCCAGGAAACGUCGCCGAAGUCAUCCCUGAGCCUGGAGAACCAGGGAAGCCCGGAGAGAAGGGAGAAAAGGGGGACCAAGGAAAACCAGGAGAGAUGGGUCCAAGAGGCUUACCUGGAGAACAAGGCUUCCAAGGCCAACCAGGAGCACCAGGCCCUAAGGGUGAUGCUGGACUGGCAGGAGAUAUCGGUCGUGUAGGAGACCCUGGUCCACCUGGUGCAGCAGGACCCCAGGGGCCACGUGGGCCACCAGGAAAUGUGGGCAUUCCAGGCAUCAUUGGGCCUCCCGGUCCCAUGGGGCAGAGAGGAGAUAAGGGUGAAGCAGGUAAACCAGGACAAUCUGGUCCCCAAGGCCCGCCAGGAGAUCCCGGUGUGAUUGGACCUCCUGGACCACCAGGGAAGGGCAAAGAUGGCCGCAACGGAGAGCCAGGACCACCGGGGAAUCAAGGACUUCCUGGAGCGAAGGGCCCACCAGGGCUGCGCGGACAGCCCGGGUUACCUGGGGACAGGGGUUCCCCAGGGGAAGGGAAAGAGGGACCUCCGGGGCCUGCAGGGAAAAACGGGGAACCAGGACCUGCGGGAUUAAGAGGUCCACCAGGGGUUGCAGGCCCUCAAGGCCCAGCAGGGCACAAUGGUUUACCAGGAAGGCCAGGAGAAAAGGGAUCACAAGGAGAGCCUGGGAAAGCAGCUGAUCUAUCUGACUUGAAUCUGAAGGAUAUCUGCUCAGACUGCCCUGCAGGUCCUCCUGGACCACCUGGACUGCCAGGAGUCCCCGGAGAUAAAGGACACCAUGGGCCACCUGGAAAAGAUGGCCAAGAUGGCUAUCCGGGACCCCCGGGCCAAACUGGACCCCAAGGGCCUCCUGGAAAUGACGGAGCAAAGGGUAUAAAAGGGGAUCAGGGCCCUCCUGGAGGUCCUGGAGACAAAGGAGACAAGGGCCACCCAGGACCCCCAGGUCAUCCAGGUCCUGCAGGAUUAGUGGGCGCUCCUGGUAAUGACGGCCAGCCUGGCCAAGUUGGUCCCCCAGGUCCCCCUGGAGAAAAGGGCAAAGAGGGUCUCAAAGGAAUCCAAGGACCACCAGGUCUUCCUGGCAUGAUAGGUCAACCUGGAAAGAUGGGAAAAGAUGGCAGACCAGGCGAACCAGGAGAAUCUGGGAAGCAAGGUGAACCUGGACCUCCAGGAAACCCAGGACUCCGGGGACUCCCUGGCUUCAAAGGCCAUAGAGGAGAGCCUGGACCCCCAGGAGAAAAGGGAGAGGAUGGAAAGCCCGGGUCGGCGGGUCGUGAUGGCAAACCCGGAAAGGAGGGUCCCAAAGGACCUACUGGCCCAGAAGGACUUCUUGGACCAAGAGGAGAGCCGGGCAAGCCAGGUGAACCAGGACCAUCUGGAAAAUCCGGACUCCCCGGAACACCAGGUAUUCGGGGAGACAAGGGAGAACCGGGCAGCCCCGGAUUGCCAGGCUUCAGUGGGCCCAAGGGACCUGCGGGUCCACCUGGUCCCAUUGGCCCUGAAGGAAAACAGGGAAUACCUGGCCGACCAGGGGAUCGCGGCCUCAGAGGAGAUAAGGGAGACCAUGGCACAAAGGGAGAAAAAGGACAGAAUGGAGAUCCUGGUAUGCCUGGGAAUCCCGGUCCCCCAGGCAGAAAGGGCCACACAGGGAUGAUGGGCAUGUCAGGACCACCAGGUGAAAUCGGGCCCACAGGUCCUCAGGGACCUUCAGGAAACCCUGGUCUCCCGGGACCCAGGGGAGAGUCAGUGUCAUUGGAGCAGAUGAGGAGGCUUAUCCAGGAGGAGCUUGCCAAACAAUUAGAUGCCAAAAUGGCUUACCUCAUGGCUCAGAUCCAGCCUGCACAUGUGAAGAGUACAGCAGGUCGUCCUGGACCUCCAGGCCCUCCAGGUAAAGACGGCAGCCCUGGACGGCAAGGCUCCCCUGGAGAGCCGGGUAUGCCUGGGCAAAAUGGAGGAGAGGGACCCAGGGGACCCAUGGGCCCUAAGGGUGAUAAAGGGACAAGGGGAGAGAAGGGAGAACCUGGUGUCGGUGAAAGAGGAGAGCAGGGACCUCCCGGUCCCAUAGGUCCAGCUGGUCUUCCAGGAUAUGGCAAAGACGGAAGCCCGGGUCAGGCUGGAGCCCAGGGAGAGCCAGGAAACCCCGGACCACAUGGUCAACCCGGACCUCCAGGCCCUCCUGGCCAGUGCGAUCCCAGCCAAUGUGCUUACUAUGCCAGCCUGGCUCAGAGACCCCACACCAAAAACGUAAAGGGGUAAUAAGGAGCCGGAGACUCACAGAGCUGGAACUUUGGCUGUAUUUAUGAACUUAUUUGAGUCAUACGGAAUCAAGGACAUUUUCCCUUUAAAUCAACCUCGCCACAGAGGGCUGAAGUAACAGGUGCUGCCAGUCAGGUUCUUCAUUGUCUGCUAUCAAGCUUGGGGUUGGGGUGUAAAAGGGGACGGCGCAACAUGGAGCACUUCAAAUCAGGGGCACAGAGGGCAGCUAAACAUGUUUUUUUUUUAACUUUCAUUCUGUCUGUACCUUAAAUGGGAUGAUAAAACUAAUGUCUCAUGCCUUUGUCAAGGUUUCCCUGUCCGCCUUGCAUCAGUUACCCAUCACAGCCCACACCACGCCGCGUCACUUACU